UUAAUUUUUACACAAAAACACAAGGUUCGUGUAAAACAAGUGCAAGGUUUAUUAUUUUUUUAUUGCAUAAAAGGAUAAAUAUUAAAUUAACAAUUUAAAAAGAACACUAGACAACAAUGUAUUCUUUCAUGAUAAGAAUGUAAAAUAUAACUUUUGCACCAAGUAGUGUAUAGAUUUUAACACUUUAAAAAAGUUUUUGGCGUUGAACAGAAAACCUUUAAUGGAAAACUAAAACAACAAAACAAAUGACUAAUUAUUAUUAAAAAAAAAAACAAAUAAAAUUUAAUCAUAUAAAGGUAAUUAUCAAGGGGAAUUAGUUAACAACAACAAAGUAGAACUUUUUGUAAGAAAAGGGAACAACCCGUUUGGGUAGAAAGUGCAGCCAGCCAAUAACAACCACCUGUCUUUUCUUCAACUUUGAAGUGCCAUUUGGAAAAAUUUAACGCAAAUAUUUUAAUUUUAUAACAAAUACUAUUUAAAUAAUUAUAAUUGUUAACAACUGAUAAUUUAACGAAACAUUUUGUGGCAGUUAAAUUGCUAACAUUGCCUAGUGAUCUCAUUCGUUAAGAAUUUUUUGUUAAGGACAUUAUGACAGCACGCAAUCCUCAAACUUUAAUGGCUCUGCCGAGCGAUGAAAGUUUUGAUUUUCUAUUUAAAGUUGUUCUAAUUGGUGAUGCUGGCACUGGCAAAACCUGCAUAGUGGAACGUUUUAAAACGGGCAAUUUUAUAGAACGUCAUGGUAAUACUAUUGGUGUGGAUUUCUCCAUGAAAACCAUUAACAUAGAAGGAAAGUUGGUUAAGUUACAAAUUUGGGACACUGCUGGUCAGGAACGUUUUCGUACAAUAACCCAAAGUUAUUAUCGUUCCGCAAAUGGUGUAAUUUUAGUUUACGACAUCACCAGUCGAGAAUCCUUUAGUAAUCUUCAAAAGUGGAUAGAAGAGGUACGUCGCUACACUGCCUCCAGCGUUAUGUUAAUAGUUGUAGGCAAUAAAUGUGAUUUGGAGGACGAACGUGAAGUGGAAUUCGAAGAAGCUCAACAAAUGUGCCAGUAUAUACCGGAAGUGUUGUUAGUAAUGGAAACCUCAGCCAAGGAGAAUCGUAAUGUAGAUGAUGCUUUUGUAACAUUGGCCAGUGAAUUGAAACGACGUAUAGAUACCAGUAUAAGGCAAGAAGAGAAUGCCGAUGAUGAGGCCAUUAAAUUGGGUCACAGUAAACCUUUGAGACAGUGCAGUAGUUCUUGCAAUUUAACGUAAAAUUUAACGAUAAUCUCAAUUUAAGUCUCGUAAUUGUUUUUAAAAAGAAAAUUGUGAUUUGUUUAUUUUUUUUUGUUUAAUUAAUUCUUUUUUUUUUUUUUGUUUGUUUUGUUUCUUGCAAUAUAUUUUAAGUUAAUUUUUAUUUAAUUUAGUUUCAGAAUUAGUGAGAUUGAUUUAAAUCUUAUUGGUUUUGAAACAGAUAUUUUACUUUUAUAUUUUAAUAUUAGAAAUAUAACAAACGGUACAAAUGUUAAUAAAUUUGUAUUCCAAUUUUAUGGUCAA